UUUGUAGUUUAGAUUUUUAGGUUAGAGUAUUGAUAGAGAACCUGUAUGUGUGAAUAUAGUUCUGUUUUUGAAGGAAAUAACUUUUUACAUUCUGAUUUCAAUUUGCUAAUUCAUUAGAACUGGUUUCUGAGUUCCUGAGAUAGAUUGAAAAAAUAAUUUAUCAUUUUAUUCUAGAGAGUAUUUUUAUAAUAAGUAAGAAUGAGUUAUGAACAACUACGAGGUUUCAUACAGAAUUUGAAAAGUUGGAUUCCAUUAGCGUUUCCUGUGAUUGCAAUGGACGAAGUGCAGAGAAGGCAGAUAAUACCUUACCAAAAGCCACCAGCUUCCACAAAACCACCAAAUGUCAUAGUUUAUUCGGAAAGUUCUGAAUCAAUUGAGAAUAUCAAAAAGACAUUGUCAAAUGUUCUUAACGUGCAAAGGUACACAAUUUAUCCGCUUAAUUUGAGCCAGAUGUCGACAUCGCCGUGGCUAAACCAGGCUAGUCUGGUAGUAGUGGCGGGCAACGUUCCAGCCAGCCUGAUCCCUCGACUACAGACCUACGUCACUCAAGCCAAUGGCAAACUGCUCUGCAUUUGCUCCGAUCUCAUUCAGACUUUUCUGCCCGACUUUCAAGCGUCCGAAAACGUCGCAGACAACUCAGCGACCACGUUCUCUUAUUCGACCUGGAAAAACAUUACUUUAACGCGUAAUGCCCGUACGUACUGGAAGAAAUCUCAUGGAGACGAGGAUGACAGCAAUCUCUGCGACAAGAUCACCAACACUACAUUGAACGAUUACAAGUUGGAUGUCAAAGUUCUAAGCACAGAUGAAUCCAUCCUCUUAGCCACAACCCCCCAAGGAGGCAAGAUGCUCUUCUCUCAAGUACACCUUGAAGGCAGUUCGAAGACCUCUCACCACUUGGACCUAACACAAGAUGCAACACGACUCGAUAUCUUGAAAGAUUUGCUUUCAACUCAUCUUGGGCUGCAAUGCGGUCAAGUUAUGGUUGAACCUGAGUAUACACCGGGAUAUUUGUUGGGCACUAAACAAGCUAAGCAGGAUUUUUUGGAUUUGUUGAAAGAUGAUGGAGGAGGUGGUGAUGCUUUGAAGAUUGAUGGGAAUGUGUAUAAAUUUUGCAAAAGUAAAGAUACUGAGAGGAUGGAAAAACCUUCAUCGAAUUUUUCCCCGAUAUUUGCCGAUGUCGAAUCGGAUAGUUUCAAGGAGGACGUUUAUUUGAAACACUUGAAAACCCAAAAAAUCGGGAAGGCUUUGGUUCAUUCUAAGGUGAUGACCUCUUCUAUGGUGUGGAUUAACGCACUGCCUGGUGACGGAUUAGCGGUGGUCGCUUACUUACAGACCCGAGGGGUUGGUAGAGGGGGCAACACCUGGCUAAGUCCAGAAGGUUGCGCUAUGUAUUCUGUACAACUCCACAUUCCGUUGGACUCGAUCCUGGGGCAGCAUUUGCCGCUGCUGCAAAUCAUCGUUACGUUGGCGACAGUUUCAGGAAUCUGCGCGAAACCGGGCCUCGAGAAGUUGGAUUUGCGGCUGAAGUGGCCGAACGACAUUUACGCGGGAAGCGGCAUCAAGAUCGGUGGCGCAGUGGUAACGAGUAGUAGCAUGAAUGGAGUGGCCACCUGUUGUCCGGGUGUCGGUGUCAAUCUGUUCAAUAGAGAGCCCACCACCUGUGUCAACGAGAUGAUAGACGAGUUGAAUAGAGUGGCCGGCACUGAUGUGGCUCCCAUUUCGUUCGAAGAGUAUUUCGCACUCACUUUCACUGAGAUGGAGAGGUUGAUUGAUAUGGUGCAGAGCGGCCGAUUGGAGGAAGUGCUCGAGCUUUAUUACGAUUUUUGGCUGCACAGCAACGCCAGAGUGACAGUUCUGACCCCAGAUGGAACAAAAAAGCCGGCCACCAUUUUAGGGAUCGACGAGUAUGGUUAUUUGAGAAUGAAAGACGAUAAUGGCGAUGAAUUCGUGGUUGAGCAUGAUGGAAAUUCGUUUGACAUGUUAUCGGGGCUGAUUGCCCCAAAGGUUUAACUACAUUCCAUGAGUUCUGAAGUUAAAUAACAUGAAAUCAACAAAGCAUAGUUGAAGGAUUCAUCACUCUAAUCAGGUAAAGAUUUCAUGUUAUGAAACUUGAAUCAUUAUUGAUCUGUCUUCUCGGGAGUUUCUCUCACUACAGUGAAAUUCACUUUAAAGUGUCAGUAUCCCUUAUAACAUCAAACCUCCCAAUUCAAUCAAUGCUAUUGAUCUCACUGAAGUGAGAUUUACUUAGAACUCUCUACAUUCCUUAUAAAUAAUUGCUAUGCUUCUCAUUCAAUGAAUGCUGUCAGUUUGAAGUGAAUCUCGCCAUACUAUUGGUUAGCCGUCUUGCAUCAAGGGUGGAAGUGAUGUGGUCCGAGUUGAUAGAUAUUCAGAAUAUCUUGUAGUAUAAUACUGUAGUACCUAUAUGUCCCAUAUAUUACGUAAGCCGCCAUUUUUAGGUAAUUUGCAUUAUUUAUAAGUAAUAGUUUAUGCAUUCUCUCACUGGUUAAGGUCCUUAAUUUUUUAAAGGUUUUCCCAAUGUUAAAUUUCUCAGAAAUCCAAAUCUUCAAUAUCAAUCUUGGGUUUCAU